GAAUCAAAACAAAUGUGAAUUCAGGCAAAAUCGCUUUAUUUACAUAUAAUUAAAUAGUUAAUUUUAAUAGAAAUUUUGAGAGAUUAUCUUAAAGGAAUGUGUUAGAGCAUCGAUCGAUCAAUCAGCAUGACUGCCGCACUGCAAGCCAAGGAACUGUUGAUACGCGCCGUCGAAUGCGAUCAGAGUGGUCGAAUUCUGGAGGCGCAGACGCUCUAUCAAGAUGGUAUCGCCCAGCUGAUGUCAUUUGUCAGCAGCGAACCCGAUGAACAGAAGCGCAAGGGAUUUCUCACACGAAUCAAGGAGUAUAUGGAUCGAGCAGAUGCCAUCAAAGCUCGUGUCAAUGGCAAAUUAAUGCUCGGCGAGGUGGUUACCCACAUAUCGAUCGAGGAGAACGACACGGGUUAUGAUUAUGUGCAGAUAUUUGGCAAAUAUAUGACGAAUCAAACGGUGGAGAUACUGCUGGAGGAGCCCUACAUGACCCAAAACUAUCAGUAUCAAAAUCUCAUAAGAUUCCUGGAGCUGGCUGUAACAAAUUGUGCGCACUUUAAAUAUUUCCGACUUGUAACCAAAAAAGACACCAAUAACCAUGAGCAGCAAAAGACGAAUAUGGGACAAAUCAAAGCUGAUCUGGAACGCAGACAUAUUGCUUUCUAUAUCAAGUACGAAGAUUCCCUGCAUGAUCGAAAAAUAUUCUUGAGCAAUGGUUAUAUUAUCAAAAUCGGACGUGGUCUGCAUUUUUACAAGGCCUCCAAUCCCAUGUAUUCCAUUGGCUUGACCAAUUACAAAUACCGGAAAUGCCUGCAAACGGAUGUGGACAUUUGGCGCACCUCAAGCACGGCCAAUUAAAAUCGACAUUCAAAUUCCAAAUGAAACGUGAGCGUAAAUAGUGAAAAGUAUUUCUUGUGUGAGUUUUUAAACUGAGUAAAUUUAAUAAUAAAGUUCUACAAAUUUUUGUACCUUUUUUUGCGUAAAAA